AUGCUCGCAGACAACGUCAAGAUGCAGGCAGAGGCCCCAGAUUGGCAGCAGCACAUAAUCAGUCUCGACGACGCCAUCCCCAGCUGGCAGCGAGUGAGCACCAGGGACCUCCUACCCCACCUGCCACACUCAGACAGAUGCAAGCCACACGGAGGAGCCUUGCUCAAAAGGCGCGCAGAGCGAGAGAGCGAGCUGCCCAGGGUCAGCUUCAAGAUUCCAACCUGCCCACAUCGAAUGCUGGGGCACCUCCUCCAUCAAAUCGAACCCUUGCACAGCGUGCGCGUCGAGAGCGCGAAAGAGCUGCACGAGAGGGCAUUCACCAAGACCAGCAAGUGCAGGAGCCAAAGGCACCUCAGCCAUCAAACCGAACUCUUGCACAACGUGCGCGGCGGGAGCGGGAACGAGCUGCUCAACACGGAAACGAACAAGCUGCCAUUUACGCAUGUUUGA